AUGAAUGAGUCUGGAGAAAUUGAAAUUAGCUCUGAACAAACAGUACCUAAGAACGAUGAAGAAAGUGAACAACAAUGGAGAAGAAAAGAGAAACAAAACUACUUCUUCCAUUUCAUGAGCUUUCCAUGUUUUCCUCUCAAUCAGGUAAUAGAAGAAUUAAUAAAGCUUGGAAAGAUUGCAUUUCCAAUAUUGAUGACAUCUCUACUUAUAUUCUCAAAAUCAAUAAUUUCAAUGCUCUUCUUGGGUCGAAUGGGUAAAGUUGAACUCGCCGGCGGUUCUCUAGCCAUUGGUUUCGCAAACAUAACCGGUUUCUCAGUUAUGAAAGGUCUAACCGGAGGAAUGGACCCAAUUUGUUAUCAAGCUUAUGGUGCCAAAAAACUAUACAUUCUAACCCAAACAUAUCUCAAAACCUUCCUCCUUUUACUCUUCGCAUCCGUUCCCAUUUCACUCCUUUGGUUAAACGUAGAACCGGUCUUACUUCGUUUAGGUCAAGAACGUCUCAUUUCAAAAGUAGCCAAAGAUUAUCUAAUCUUUUCUCUUCCUGAAUUACUAGCACAUUCUCAUCUCAACCCUUUACGUUCCUUUUUAAGGACACAAAGUAUUAACUCUCCGGCGACAAUCGCAGCCACCGUAGCUACCAUUCUCCACUUACCCAUCAAUUACUAUUUCGUAGUGUAUUUGAAGUUGGGUGUCAAAGGAGUUGCUAUGGGGUCAGUUUGUUACGCUUAUAAUAUGAACCUCGGGUUGAUGAUAUACGUGGUCAUGUCGAAAUUUGCUUUGAAACCUUGGACUGGGGCUACCUUCGUUUCGACUUUCCAAGGUUGGAGGCCUUUGUUGAGCCUUGCUCUUCCAAGCGUGUGCUCGGUUUGUCUCGAAUGGUGGUGGUAUGAGAUAGUACUUUUCCUUGGCGGGCUUUUGGAUAACCCGGAGGCUGCUGUUGGUGCCAUGGGAAUUCUUAUUCAAACCACGGGCACAAUCUACGUGGUGCCUUACUCGUUGAGCGUGAGUAUAUCUCAACGAGUAGGUCACGAGCUUGGGGCAGGUGAACCUGCCCGAGCUCGGCUUGCAGCCGUGACUGGCGUGACACUUGGUGUUGUGUAUGGGUUUUCCGCGUUCGGGUUGUUUGUUGCUUUACGAUCUGUUUGGGGGAAGAUGUACACGGACGACCCGCAAAUACUUGGGUUGAUUUCGUUGACUCUACCGAUUUUGGGGCUCGCGGAGGUUGGGAAUGCUCCGCAGACGACUGUUUGCGGAGUGUUGAUGGGGUCCGCGAGACCGAGAGUUGGGGUUCAUGUGAAUUUAGCCGCAUUUUAUUUGAUUGGGCUACCGGUGGCUACCUUGAUGGCAUUUUCGUUGAAAAUGGGGUUUUCGGGAUUGUGGUGGGGGUUGGUGGCCGCACAAACGGCUUGUGCGUUUAUGAUGGUUUGGACAUUAAUACAAACGGAUUGGAGACAUCAAGCUAAGAGGGCCGAGGAACUUACUUUGGCGGCUGGUGAGACCGAUACGGUUACAAAUUUGGUUCCUUGA